CGCACCGGUUUUAAGAAAACUUCCGGGUUUCGGGUUGAUAAAACUUUUACCAUGGCAUACUCUUUAUAAAGACUUUUCAACUCGCGGCAUGACGUCGAACCUAUCUCUGUAUCCUGUUGGAAUAGAAGAGGAUAUCAUUAUACGUAUCAGAGAUGUGAAUCCACAUAUCAUCUGUUCAUUGUGUUUCGGUUACUUUAUUGAUGCUACAAGCAUUGUGGAAUGUCUUCAUACAUUUUGUAAGAAGUGUAUUGUAAAGCAUUUACAAGUUAGCAAGCACUGCCCAACAUGCAGUAUCAAGGUACAUGAAACACAGCCACUGCUCAAUCUCCGAGCUGACAGAACACUGCAGGAUAUUGUAUAUAAAUUGGUACCUGGUCUUUUCGAAAAUGAAGAAGAAAGAAGAGAAGAGUUUUACAGGUCGAGGGGUAUGCUGAUGAAAAAGAAGAGAGAAGGAGAGGAGAAUCUGGGACCUAAGCUCAGUACAGUGUUCAGCAACCCUAACGCUCACCAGUACAAGUAUGAUGAACAGAUCUGUCUUUGUCUGGAAAAACAUGGUUUACAACAUAUCGAAUUGCCAACAAUGACAUACAAAUUAAGGUCUCUAGAGAAGAAGUUUGUAAGAUGUUCCAUAAGAGUACUUGUCGCACAUCUCAUAGCUAUAAUACGGAAAAAACUAGAUGUUCCGCACCAAGUCAGUUUACAGUUGUUAUGUUGUGGAAGUGUGCUGGAUGAGGAAAUGUCAAUGAAACAAAUAUAUCUCAUGCAGUGGUAUGAUAAGCCUAGUCCAAUGUUGUUAUUCUACAGGCUGGUGGUUCCAGGUUGAAAAGGAAGACUGCUUUACAUUUACAUGAAGAUUUGCUCCAGAGUUCAUGAUUAAUUUCUCCACAAAUUCCUUUUAAUUAAAUGACUACAGGUGAAACUUGAUGUCUCGAACUCGCUCAUCUAAAAAUGCUGGCUAUCUCGGAGACAUUUUCAAGCCCCUUCCAGAAAACAAGUGCACAAAAUCGCAGUCAAGUUUCAGUUAUCUCAAAGUAAAACGCUCGAUCCAUUGAAUUUUGAGAUACUGAGUUUCAGCUGUAUAUUAUUUAAUGGUGAUAUUAGGAGGACAGUCUUGAACUCUUUAUUUAUUGUGACGUAACAGUAACCAGUCUAAGAAUUCAUCAUUGUCAUUGGUCAGUUUCAUGACAGUGCUCAAAAUCAGCCAAUCAAAUGCUAGAGUUUUGUGACUGUUUCCCAAUUUAAUUUUCUAAUCUUGGACAUAGAGAUGUGUUGUUAUAUAUUGUUGGUGUGUUCAUGUAGUUUCAAGUACUGUGUUGUUUGAAAGGACCUACUGUCUGGAAGAUGGAGAUGACAGUCUAAGAUGAAGUUUGAUCUGUAUCUGUGAAGAAUACACUUGACAAAACUAGCCUGAUGAGGAAACUUUUUCACAUAAAUCAUAUCACGUAAACUUAUAUUUCCAUUGAACUGUUGAAAAGAUAUAAGUCAAACAAACAAACAAAUUUGUUUGAUGCAUUCAUGACAGUACACAACUUAUUGUAAUUCUGUCAAAAACAUGAAGAGAAGACAGUUUAGGGCAUCAUUGUCAGUGCAGGCAGUGUGACAGAACAAAGUAAUGACAGAAUAUGUGUCAAUAAUGGCACCCUAAAUAAUUGCCUUUUUGCAGUUUUGCUGGUGAAAAAAACAACAUCUCUGUGACAAUGAAAAGACAGAAUUACAAAUUGAUGGUUAUAAUAUUGCUUUUUUGCCCACAAAAAAAGAAGGCAAAAUGAUGAGAGAAGGAAAAGAUGACAUUGGCAGAAAUCGGCACCAUAUGGAUUUACCAGUAGACAGAAAAUGUUUUUUGUUUGGGUGUAUUUUAUAUGCUUUGUCUUUGCUUGGCAGUGGGUAUAUUUGCUGUUGUAGUCACAGUUUUAGUUUUGUUUUGAUAUCAAAUGUGAUUUUUCAUGUCUAAUUGUUAUUAAGCCACCCUUCAAAGAAAAGGGGGUAUAUAGUUUUGCUCAUUGUCAAUCUGUCUGACAGUCAGUAGACCAUUUGGUUUCUGAUCAAUAAGAAUGCUUGAUGUCACAAUGGUCAAUCUUCAUAGAGCGAUUGCCUGUGGUCAGUAGAUAAGCCAUAUUGUUUCGCAGUCAGUAGGUCAAAAGUCAAGAUCACAGUGUCGUGUUCUGUCAAUAAUUAAAGAACGUCUUGGCCUACAGUCAUCAAACUUCAUAGAAUGAUUGCCUGUCAGUAGAUGAGCCCUAUAGUUUUGGGGAUUAGUAGGUUAAUGGUCAAGGUCACAGUGACCUCGAGACUGAAAACAGUUUCUACUCAGUAACUAAAGAACACUACAUUAGUCAGACUUCAUACGAUGAUGGCCUGUAACAGCUAGUAGAUGAACCCUAUUGGUUUAGGGGUCAAUAUGUCAAAGGUCAAGGUAACAUUAGAUUACCUGGACACUGAAAAUGAUUUCCGCUCAAUUAGAACAGAUUUCUUUAGCCUACUAUUCUCAAACUUCAUUGGAUGAUUGCCAAUGGUGAGAUGACCCCUUUGGUUUUGGGGGUCACUUGGUCAAACCUCAAGGUCACAGUAUCUGAAAUGAUCUGGGAAAAAUACAAAAUUUGAAAAGGGUUUUGUUUGUUAUUUAUUUACUCUCAUUUUUGUGUAAAAAAGGAUAACAUUGACAGUUCCCUACCCUGUGACCCAGACAAAACUUACAAUUUGCCCCCCUUCCACUUGCAGUCUGUUCGUCUUGUCAUCCUGCAAUAACUUAAGUAGAUAGUUUUUCAUCAAUUUUGGUACAUAGAUAAAGGGAAAUAUAAAGAAAAUACAUGUCUCGUUA